AUGAAUUCAGUUGUGCCUUUGAACAUAACCGGAUAUCACGAUGCCUCUUCAACGGCAACGGACCGAAUUCACGUGCCGAAUCAAGAAACACUCGAGCCAAUGCCUGCUUCUGCGUUCUCGCCAAUUUCAUCGUCAAAUCCGCCCAAUACGGACGGCGCUGUAACACCGACCUCCACUCAUUCAACACCGUCAGAUUCAUUGUCUGUCACUUGGCCGAUCACACCUCAACUAACAGUGUUCCAGAAUCGUAGGCCAGUUGUCAGAAAUAGGCCUUCGUUAUCACAUCGUAGAAAAAAUAUCCACAAUUUGCGCCAGAUGAUCAGAAAAGACGCACUGAGAAGUGCACAAUCAAGCAACUCAGACAACAUUGACGCCGUCCGAGUGCACAAAGUUUCUGAGGCUUUCGUUCGCAAGAUGCCCUCCACAAACGUGCCAAGUGAUAACGGAAAUGCGGUGACGGAUAGCUCAAGUGCACCAGAUUCAAUCGAAAUAGCUGGUUGGGAACAUCUGGCCGAAAACGGCAUCAUCCUGGCACCAAACUCAUCUGAAAUUGAAUCAGCCGCUCGUUUCGGGAUAUUUUCUGACCGCAGAGCCAGCCUUAACAACGACGAAGUUCAAGACAUCACUGAUCCCGGAUUCCUUGGAGAAUGA